AUGGCUUCAGUGAACUCCCAGAAAUUAUUAGAUGACAGCCACCAUGGGUGGAUAAUUUAUGAAAAUCAAAUAUACAGCCUUAAAAUAGAAUGUGGACCUAAAUACCCAGAAGCAUCCUCCUCUGUAAGAUUUGUAACAAAAAUUAAUAUGAAUGGAAUUAAUAGUUCUAAUGGAGUGUUGUACCCAAGCGCAAAAUCAGUGCUAGCAAAAUGGCAGAAUUCAUAUAACCUCAAAGUUGUCCUGCAAGAGCUUCAGUACCUAAUGAUGUCUAAAGAAAAUAUGAAACUCCCUCAGCCACCUGAAGGACAGUGUUACAGCAAUUAA